UGAAUGAAUAUAAAAGAGCUGCCGUACAUACAGCAAGUUUUUAUUACAGUUGUUAAUUUAAAUCAGAAUCAGUAAGAACGUAUUUUAUAAAAAAUUAAUUAAACAUGAUAAGUAUUAAACAGCGUGCGAUUUCUAAUACGUUAUUAACAAUAAUUAAAAGAAAUUUAAUUAACACGAAAGAUGCACAAAAUCGAGUAUUAUCAACUGCUGUCCAAAGUGAACCAAAGGAACCAUCAGUGAAAACAGAAAUACCAGGGCCAAAAUCACAACAGCUUAUGAAUGAACUCAACAGUCUUCAACAAGGCGGAUCCGUUCAACUCUUUGCAGAUUACGAUAAAUCAUUUGGAAAUUAUUUAGUGGACGUUGAUGGAAAUCAAUUACUUGAUGUAUUCACACAAAUAUCUUCAAUUCCCUUAGGAUAUAAUCAUCCAGAAUUAUUAACAAUAUUCCAGGAUUCACAUAAUGUGAAAUCAUUAAUAAAUCGACCUGCUUUGGGUGUAUUUCCAGGUGCUGAUUGGCCAAAAAAAUUACAAGAUGUAUUAUUGAAAGUUGCACCGCCUGGGAUGAAAUGUGUGACUACAAUGAUGUGUGGAUCAUGCUCCAAUGAAAACGCUUACAAAAACAUGUUUAUCUGGUAUCGAAACAAAGAACGAGGUGAUGCAAAUUACUCCAGCGAAGAAUUACAAACAUGUCUAGUAAACCAAGCACCUGGCGCUCCAAAUUUAAGUAUUCUCUCAUUUUCGAAUGCAUUUCAUGGUCGUACUUUAGGCGCAUUAGCCACAACACAUUCCAAAGCAAUUCAUAAAAUUGAUGUACCAAGUCUUGAUUGGCCAAUUGCACAGUUUCCACAAUAUAAGUAUCCAUUGGUGGAUAAUGUUUCGUACAACAAGAAACAAGACGUAAAAUCUUUGGCGCAUGUUGAAGAUUUAAUUGAAAUAUAUAAGAAGAAAGGACGGCCUGUAGCAGGGAUUACAAUUGAACCAAUUCAAUCGGAGGGUGGUGACAAUGAAGCUUCGCCUGAAUUUUUCCAAAACUUACAACAAAUUGCGAAAAAACAUAAUUGUGCUUUGUUAAUUGAUGAAGUACAAACGGGUGGUGGACCAACGGGGAAAUUUUGGUGUCAUGAACAUUUUAAUUUACCAUCGCCACCAGAUUUUGUAACGUUUAGCAAAAAAAUGCAAAUUGGAGGAUUUUAUCAGAAUCAAGAUUCAAAGGUAAAAUCUGCAUAUCAAAUUUUCAACACAUGGAUGGGUGAUCCUGGUAAAUUAUUAAUUUUGGAACGUAUAUUAAAAGUAAUAUCCGAAAAGAAUUUAUUGGCAAAUGUUGAAAAAACUGGCAAAGUAUUAUACGACGGUUUACGAUCCUUAGAAAAAGAACAUGGUCAAUUAAUAAAUUCAGUUCGAGGUCGUGGCACAUUUUUAGCAUUUGAUGCUAAAGAUGAACAUUCACGUGAUAAAAUUUUGAGGAAUUUAAAAAAGAAAGGUGUUCAAGGAGGUGGCUGCGGUAAAACAGCAAUACGUUUACGACCAGCUUUAAUUUUCGAACCGAAACAUGCAAAUAUAUUUUUGGGAAAAUUAAAUGACGUAUUACGUGAAUUGUAAAUAAUUUUAAAAACAUAAUUGUUGAUAAAUCGAUUUAAAAAAAAAAUUAGGCAGUAAGAUAAAGAUACUCAAAAGAUUUCAAUUUAUUACCGUUAAUUAAAGCCCGCUUCAAUUAAUAUAUAUUUAUGUGGUUCAAACAGUAUUUUAAAGGUAUUAGGGCAAAAGAAAAUUUAUUGAAAAUGUUUUAAAUUGAAAUUUUCAUGGAAAAUUGUAAUUCAUUCCAGUGUCUUCCAUAGCGAAACGAUGUCUUCCAUAUAUAUAUAUAAACUUAACGAAAAAAUAAACGUGGCAAUUUUUGUUUUGUUAAAAAUACACAAUAUUUACAGAUAUGUAUGUAUUCUUGGCCCUUUUGGGCUCUAACAGGGCUCAAUUUAAAGAUGUAAGCUUAAAAAAAACUUGGAACUUGACUCUUUACAAUUGGUUUUAAAUUUCCGAUUACCAUGACAAAACUUUUAGAGAGCCCUGGUAAGCUCAAAAGGACGAAGUAACAAAGUUACAUGCCUGGCGAAACAAAACAUGUCUUUUAACGAAACGAAAAAUGUCGCGUUUUUAUUUUUGCGAAGUGCAUUAUAUUUAUAAAAAUUUAAAUAAAUGUAUA